UUCCAGGGAGCGAGUUCUCCUCCUGGAACUUGUUAGGAGGGGAAGAAGAAAGUUUAAGAGGAAAAAAAGUUGUUUUAGUCUGCAAGCAAGAAGCUUUGUUUCUUUAAAGUUUUGAACAGAUGAGGGUUUUAAAAAAGGCAUGGAAAGCUCUCGCCUUCCUCUCUUGCAGCUACUAAGAACAGACAAAGUGGAUUUGCGGUAUUCGCUCAGCAGCAUAAGUUGGCUGAGUAAACCUGAAGGUCAAUUGCCAGCAACAGGUUCUCACGAGAAGAUGAAGAAGGCAUUUAUGACAGAAAUGAAAGCUGCAAAUAUCAAGCAAUUUUUAUACAAUUUCACUCGGCUGCCUCACUUGGCAGGCACACCAGAGAACCUGCGCCUGGCCAAACAAAUACAGGCCCAGUGGAAGGAAUUUGGCCUGGAUUCGGUUCAGCUGGCUCACUAUGAUGUUCUGCUGUCCUACCCAAAUGAAACAAAUCCCAACUACAUCUCAAUUGUUGAUGACCAAGGGCAUGAGAUUUUCAACACCUCAUUAUCUGAGCCUCUCCCUCCGGGGUAUACACACAUUGAAGAUGUUGUUCCACCCUACAGUGCUUUCUCCGCUCAGGGCAUGCCACAGGGAGAUCUGGUUUAUGUGAACUAUGGAAGCAUAGAAGAUUUCCAAAGAUUAGAACGAGAACUCGGAAUUAAUUGCUCUGGGAAAAUUGUCAUUGUCAGAUAUGGGAAAAUCUUCAGAGGAAACAAGGUGAAGAAUGCUGCUGCUGCUGGAGCCAAAGGGGUCAUUUUAUACUCCGACCCAGCUGACUCUUGUGCCCCUGGAGUAGACCCUUACCCAGCAGGGUGGAAUCUUCCCAAAGGUGGAGCUCAGCGUGGGAAUGUCCUGAUUCUGGAUGGAGCUGGGGACCCCCUCACGCCAGGGUAUCCCGCCAAAGAGUACACCUACCGCUACGAUGAAGCCCAGGCGACAGCCCAGUUGAACAUUCCUGUCCACCCUAUCGGUUACCAUGAUGCUGAGAUGUUGCUGAGGGACAUGGGAGGACCAUCCCCACCAGAUGACAGCUGGAAGGGAAAACUCUCUGUGCCUUACAACGUUGGGCCAGGCUUCAUAGGAAGUUCUUCAAAAAGCAAAGUCAAAAUGCAUGUCCACAGCAUCAAAGAAGUAAGAAGAAUUUACAACGUGAUUGGUACUCUCCAAGGUGCAACAGAGCCAGACAGGUACGUUAUCCUAGGUGGCCACCGAGACUCUUGGGUUUUUGGUGGGAUUGACCCACAGAGCGGAGCGGCUGUCGUUCACGAGAUUGUCCGAAGCUUUGGAAAGCUGAAGCAGCAAGGAUGGAAGCCUAGGAGAACGGUGAUAUUUGCCAGCUGGGAUGCUGAGGAGUUUGGCUUGAUAGGAUCUACAGAGUGGGCUGAGGAAAAUGUCAAAAUACUGCAGGAGCGUGGUGUGGCCUAUAUCAAUGCUGAUUCCUCCAUAGAAGGCAACUACACCCUUCGAAUUGACUGCACCCCACUGAUGUAUAGCCUGGUAUAUAAUCUGACUAAAGAGAUACCAAGCCCCGAUGAAGGCUUUGAAGGCAGAUCUCUUUAUGAAAGCUGGCAUGAGAAAAACCCCUCAACGGAGCAGGAAGGUGUGCCCAGGAUUAACAAGCUGGGCUCUGGCAAUGAUUUUGAAGUCUUUUUCCAGAGGUUGGGCAUCGCUUCCGGAAGAGCUCGAUACACGAAAAACUGGAGGGUGGACAAAUACAGUAGCUACCCUGUUUAUCACAGUGUCUACGAGACCUACGAGAUCGUGGAGCAGUUUUAUGACCCCACUUUUAAGAACCACCUUGCUGUGGCUCAGGUGCGAGGAGGAAUGGUGUUUGAACUGGCCGAUUCUGUCGUCCUUCCUUUCGACUGCCGGGAUUAUGCCAAGGCACUCAGCGGUUACGCAAACGUCAUUCACAACAUGACCCUGAAACACCAGGAAGCCUUGGUGACGUACAACGUGUCAUUAGGUUCUCUCCUGGAUGCAGUGGGGAAGUUUUCAGAAUCUGCCAGUGACUUUCACAAGAGAUCGCAACUACUGGACACCAAUAACCCUAUUGCAGUGAGAUCUUGGAACGAUCAGCUGAUGUUUCUGGAAAGAGCAUUUAUUGAUCCCCUUGGAUUACCUGGCAGGCCGUUCUAUAGACACAUCAUCUUUGCUCCGAACAGCCACAACAAGUAUGCUGGAGUAUCCUUUCCUGGUAUCUACGAUGCCCUGUUUGAUAUUGCCAACGCAGAGAACCAGCAGAAGGCCUGGGAGGAAGUCAAGAGACAGAUCUCCAUUGCAGCCUUCACAGUCAUUGCCGCAGCUGGGACUCUGAAAGAAACAGGUGAAUCCCUAGAGGGUCCAAGGAGCUGCCUCUACUUGCCAAAGUCCUGCUGAGUUUGGAACUUGGUGGCCGUAGAGACUUUCCUUGCUCACAUGUUGCACUGAACACAGCUACAAGCUGCCUUUACCCAUGUACAAGUGAUUGUGUGAAAGAGUGCGCCCUUGUUAAUUUGUUCACCUCAACCAUUGUGCACACAGACAACACAGGCAUUGAACAUUACUGUGCACAUAGGUACACAGGUUGUACACUCAUAAAUCCCAGGGAUUUCAGCGGGCACUUGAUCAUGGAUAACCAUAUAGGUUUUCAGCUCAGAGGACUUAACACCGAAAGAUAAAUCCAAGCUAUUCACACCAUCACAACCCAAUCUUGACAGGCAUCUCUUUCAUUGCCUUCCCUGCGUUGAGGUUUUGAGGGCCAUCAAAGCCAAUUUCUUGAUGGAAAAACAAACAAGUAGUUCAAUUGGUGCGGACCUUGAUGCAGAAGAAUGCCCACCUUCCAGAUCCCCAAAGAUGUGAUCUGAUGGCACACCAAUGUGUUGAUGGAUCUCAGUUCCCUUGAAGGCAUGAGGGGUGUUCACACAUUACAUUCAAUAUGAGUCGCUUUGCAAAGGAUUUAAAUUUGGGCUUUAUUUUAAAACUUACUUUUAAAUUCCAUGGCUUUAUUAUCUAAUUGCACCCCAAAGCUUUGGGCGCAUCUUUACAAACUUGUACAUAACCAAAAACAAAAACAAAUGAAAGUUCUAUGGAAAGGAGGGUAAAUGAGCUAUUGAACUUUUGGAUAUCUACGUUUAGAACUUAGAAGCUUGAAAGUCCCAUCAUGGUUGGUAUUCUCACUGGUGGUGAGCACAUGUUAGAUGCCAUUUUAAAUUUCCCACAAUGCCACAGAACAAGUCUACAUUGGCUAUUCUGGGGCACUGUGUGAAACUUAAAUCAAAUUAAGUUCUGGUGCUACCUGGAGUGCUGUCACCAUGGAAGUCCAUGUGGGGAGGGGAGCAUUGGGCAUAGGAGUGGCCCCACAGACAGAUGUGGCCCUGGGGGCCCCUAUUGGCUUUGAAAAGCAAAUGACCCCAAGCUCAAUACCUUCUGGAACAUACACUGAAAAACGGCAGAUGAAGUUGCUGUACUCAGUUUCCCCAUCAAUAGAACCUCCCUUUAGAAAUUGGUUUUGCUUUUGUGCCUUUACAAAUCAAAAUAAAGUUCCCUCUAAAAAGAUUGCCGAGUGUGGCAUAUUGUUCUCCCAGGAAGUUGGUUUACAGAGCAAAUGCUUUAAACUUAAACCUGACCUGUUACAGGAUGAGAAGGUUGCUGGUCCAUUGAUGAGAAAAUAAUUACUAUUAUUAAUAUGAAACACACCUAACCACCUUUGGGAAGAGCAACCAGGUGACCUCUGCUAGCUACUGAUGGACAACUGCAAGGCCCUGGAGCUCUCCUUUGUAGUCCUCUACCUUUAAAUUGGACUUCAACCAUACAGGACUUCAGAUAGAGGCAGUUCAAGCUGUGACUGACUCAAGGUCACCCAGUAAGAGUAGUGGAUUUUUGAACCCAGGUCUCCCAAGUCCUGUUCUGAUUCUCUAACCAUUACACCACACCAGCUGCAGAAAUGGUCAAAGGGAUGAACAAGGACAGGAUUUCUGCUAUCAUGUCAUCUUCUCAUCCCUCACCCUUGAAGUAUGGAUCCUGAGCCCCAACUCUGAUAUAACAUUUAUGGCUACGCAUCUUCUGCUUUCCGUGGAGUGAAGCUUUCCUAACAUCACCACCUAAACGCUUACAUAACACUGCUAAUAAUACAUGUUGCUUUCACAGCUAUGGUUUGUGGAGGUGGCAUCCCAUCUGGUUAGACGUAUCUUUGGCGAGAUUUGUUGAAGCAGGGGCACCUCAGAUUUGUCCGUGUUUUGACGAGAGCAUCACAAGAUGCCCUCAAAGGGCAUAAUGACAAACCUCGAGGACAGCUAGGUUUUGAGAGAUCCAGAGGAUAGCUAAAAGCAACUGAUACAGCUCGUAUCUUGAAGGAAACAAGAACUGUGGCAGAAUCACAGCCAAGGAGCAUCGAGCAAAGUCUCAGCUGCCUUAUUUUGAGUCGGGCCAUUAGCUGACUGGCAGUGGCUCUGUAGCGGGAUUGAAAGCAAGUUUGGACAUAGCCACCCCUAUUCAAUGGGGAUGCUUAAUGGAAAGGACAUGUGGAGAAGUCCAUGUGCAGCAUCUGCUGCAUGACUUAAAGCUGCAACUGGGCAUCCAAAAUACCUGAUUCAGCUAGUACAAAAAGUAACUAAAGGAAGCAGCAGCAGAUAUUUAUUUUCUGUGGCUACAAAGAGGACAGCAAACCUACACAAUUUGCCCCUGGGGGUGGGAGGAACAUAUGUUUUAGACAUUUUGGAAGAGUAUUCUUCAUAUUUUCUUGAUAGUAUUUCCUUGGCAUUUGGGUGUUAGGAGAGAAAUAAACGCCACUUCAUAAGA